CAGUAUGACAUGCAGAUGAGUGCCGUCGAUCUUAGAAUCACCGCACACUUCACUCAUUUGGGCAGUCACGGGGCCAAAACCAGAGUGUGGAGCCACAGUGUGGCGGUGGAGGCAGCAGCAAUGGGAGGCCAUACAGCACCCUAUGACAAAAUGGAACCCACCAGCAGUGUGAGGAGACCUGAAAGUGGCACAUGGCAGAGUGUGGCGAUGGAGACAGCAGCAAUGGGAGGCCGUACAGGGACCCAUGAGACACUCUGGACCUGGCAGCAGCAUGAGGAGGCGGUACAGGGGCCCAUGGCAGAUUACGGGCCUGGCAGCAGCAAUGGGAGGCCCGUAAUCUGCCAGCACCCUAUGACAAAAUGGAACCCACCAGCAGUGUGAGGAGACCUGAAAGUGGCACAU